GUCCGCGAUUUAUUUUUAUUUCUUUAUUUUAUAGUUGGUAGCAUGGUCCGCUCCUGCAGUCUUGUACUUGUACUAGAGAUCAGUAAUGCAGAGAGCUGUGACUAGUAUUGUGAAGUGUAAAAAUGCAUCUAUUGAAGAACAAGUUAUGUGCUGUGGUGAAACUGACUGCUUUUGUUAAUACCACUUAAGUGAGAAGAUGGGUAGCAUCAGCAGGAUUUCAUGCAUCUUCUUCAGUGAGUUCCACCCCACAUUGGGGCCAAAAAUCACAUACCAGGUGCCAGAGGAGUACAUUUCCCGAGAGCUGUUUGACACAGUCCAGGUUUACAUCAUCACAAAACCAGAACUUCAGAACAAACUCAUAACAGUCACGGCCAUGGAUAAGAAGCUGAUUGGCUGUCCAGUUUGCAUUGAACACAAAAAGUACAGCCGAAAUGCUCUUCUCUUCAAUUUAGGAUUUGUAUGUGAUGCCAAAGCAAAGACUUGUGCCCUAGAGCCAAUUGUCAAGAAAGUGUCUGGCUAUCUCACAACCCUUGAGUUGGAGAGUGGUUUUAUAUCAAAUGAAGAAAGCAAGCAGAAACUCAUUCCCAUGAUGACCAUCUUACUAGAGGAGUUGAAUGCAAAGGGGGAAUGCACUCUGCCAAUAGAUGAAUCCAAUACCAUACACUUGAAGGUUAUUGAACAACGAAAGGACCCACCAGUUGUUCAGGAGUAUGAGGUACCUGUCUUUACAGAGUGCAAAGAGGACUUCAUGCACUCUCAGUGGGAUCUCACCACACAACAGAUCCUGCCAUAUAUUGAUGGGUUCCGCCACAUUCAGAAGAUUUCAGCUGAAGCUGAUGUUGAACUGAACCUGGUUAGAAUUGCUGUACAGAAUUUACUAUACUAUGGAGUUGUAACACUGGUAUCUAUAUUUCAGUAUUCCAAUGUCUAUUGUACAACGCCAAAGGUUCAGGACCUGGUGGAUGACAAAUCACUACAAGAUGAGUGUCUCUCCUAUGUAACUAAACAAGGUCACAAGCGUGCUAGCCUAAGGGAUGUGUUUGUGUUAUACUGUGGACUUAGCCCGGGUACCACGGUGAGAGACCUCUGUUCCCGUUAUGCACAGCAACUUCAUCGAGUAGAUGAAAGAAGGCUGAUUCAGUUUGGAUUAAUAAAGGACUUGAUCCGACGACUACAGAAGUAUCCUGUGAAGAUCAACCGGGAUGAAAGAAGUAGACCUGCUCGCCUUUAUACCGGUUGUCAUAGCUAUGAUGAGAUCUGCUGUAAAACAGGAAUGAGCUAUCGCGAAUUGGAUGAGAGGCUGGAAAAUGACCCCAAUAUUAUAGUCUGUUGGAAGUGAUACCUUGGGAUGCUUAACUUCUUUUCUCCUCUACACAUCCAGAAAAAAGUGAGAAACUAAAGAGUAAUGGAGUCCCAUGGAACCGCUGAAAACUUAGCACAGCUGACUUUAUUACUGCUUGAAUGUUUCAUUUUCUGCAGCUCUGCUUAUGGGUUUAGUGUCAAAUAGCACUUAAACAGACUAACAUUGAAAUAUUGCAGUUUCUACUAAACAUUCAAAUGGAGUAAAAAUAACUGAAGAUGUAUAGUAGGCAGGUUUUCAAAAUAAAGUAUUAGCAGCUCUAGACCAGUUCAGCUCUGUUCUAGGGGCAGUGCUGAGUGAAAAAAAUAAUGAUCUGAUGUUGUCAAUUUUCAUUCAUUCCUCAACUAAUAGUUCAAAUCCAAUCUCAGAUCCAGUUCUGCCGUUAAACUAGCUUGCGGCCUCUAACAAACUCUGAAGCUCCUUCCCUUCCCAUAAUGCACCACCUUAACCUCCCUCAGAUCUUAUGUGCCACUUCAGCAUCUAGAUGUGGUCGUCUUCAGCUCUGGAAUUUUUCAGUGGGAGCUAAGUUCUUUUUUCAUAUUAUCAUUUUAAAACUCCUCAUUUUACUCUUAUUUAAUUACUAGCUGAUUUUUAAACUAUAUAUUUAAUAUUAAGUUGUUUUUUUCUUUUCCUUUUUUCUCACACUCUUGAGUGUAACUUACCUAUCAUCGUUAAUAGGCCUGACUCUCCUUCCCUUCACCCUUAUUUAAUUAUACUACUUGAUAUUUUCUAUUUUUCUAUUUUUCCUUAAGUAAUGUAAUUUUUAUUACCAUAGUUAGUAUCACCUGUUUCCUCUCUCUGUCUCUCUCUUAUGGAGAUAUAUGUAUAUGAUCAUUAAGAUGUUAGAAAAAGCAGGAUUUAAAAAAAUGUGAGAAGUGUGGGCAUAAAUUGCCAUUUUCAGAUGCCCACACACUUUGUGUAUAUUAUUUAGGUCUGGAACAUCUACAACAGGACUGCUCUGUCACUAAUUCAACCUCCGUGCCUUACUGGACAGGAAGAACAAGUUAAUUUUGAAAGGACUGUUGCCUUCUUCAUUCUCUGAAGCUAUGGCUGGGGUUAAAUCCCCCAAACAUAAGUCUAAAGACCCUAUCUACAGCCUCUUCUUCUUCAGAGCCAUUGAAAAAGAAACAGAAGUUGGAUCCAAAGUCUGUUACAAUCUGACCUUCAUCGAAUCCUGCUCAGUCAGUGAGGGAUCCGACAUCCUUGGAUCCAAAACCUUUGCCAAGGACUAGGUACUCUCCAAGUGUAGAUCCAUAUCCAUCCAGAGUACCCUCUCCCUUUCUAGAUAGGUGCUCUAAAUCUCCAUCCCUGACAUCUUCCCAGUCCUCCAGAAGUUUUAUGAAAGCAGACGUGGAGAGAAUGAUGAGGAAAUUCUUCAUGGAGCAGUUUCAGAGAGGACUUCUCAUGGUACCCACCCAUUCGGGUCAGGAAGUUUGAUCAUCCACUACUCCACCCAUUAUUGCUACUUCUCUAACUCAACCUAUGGUUUUAGAGCCCUUGGAUCUGGGCAUCCCAGGACCAUCUGGUUCAGAUCCGAAGAGAGUUUUGUCUUCAUAUCUGAAUACCACUCUGCACUGGCUCUGACAUCCUCUGUGCCAGAGGACUGUUUGAGCCAAAGCAUCCCUUUUGGAUCCAGGAGAAUGGAGUCAACGGUUAGGUUUUUGAAACCAUUUCUUUCUCUAGGAACCUCAUCACUAGAUAGCUUGGCUCCAGUUUCCACCUCAGGUGGAUUGUUCUUGGAGUGGAAGGAAGUGACAAGCCAGAAACUCACUUUCUCAUCUCCAUUGCCUUUCUUCUCCUCUGAGCGGUUUGCCUUUGAGGUCAUGAAAAGGGUUUUCUCUGCUCCUGUAGAUCAGAUGGUCCUUCCUUCUCAGAUGACUUUGCACUGUGUUCUUCAACAUUCUACUAUGCAAGGACAGCCAGCCCAAAGCUUCCAGUCUAUUCAGUAGGUUGUUGUCAUCUCUUCUCAUACUUCACUAGACCACCUCACUGAGGAAGUCCCUAGGAAGAGGAAGUGUAAAAGGAGGCACUUGGACUCUCCUCAAGAGUCGGUCACUGAGGAUACAGAUUUUGAUGAAGGAGAGGGGUCCCCAAAAUCGCCACCUUUGAUGUUUCAUUUGGAGACAUUCUGGAGAUCCUUAAGCAGAAGUGUGGUCAGACUUCCCAGAACCCUUAUCCUGAGGAAUCUGUAUUUCUGGAAGGAUUUUUUAUUGACAUGUCUACCUCCUGGGUUACUCCACCCACUGACGAACUCAUUGAUUUGAUUUCUAAGCAGGCGAAAAAGAACCUGACAUGACUGAACCAAUCCCCAAGAGACCAGAUAGGAUUCUGUCUCCCCUGGUAGGAUGAGAAUAUUGAAGUAAAGGGGUUGAAGUAGAUGGCAUGGUCGAGGCAGUGGCUACAAAAAAGGAACUUGUGGAACAGAGUUCCACUGUCCAUCCUCCUAAUAGAGAGUUUAGGGCAAUAGACAGAUUUGGGAAGCGUGUUUAUGCUUCAGUGACAUUUGCACUCGGAUUGCUGAACUUUUUGACAUACUUUACUAGGCUACAAAGAGAUUUGAUUAAGGAACUUUCUAAAUCUCUUUUUGGGAACAAAACGUCUGAGGCUCAAUAUUCAGUAGUUUCAGGUGGCUACCCUACAGGCUAUAUCCAAUUCAUCCAUGAGGUUUAUGCUGCAGAAGGUGCCUUUAGGGCUGCAGGUUCAGGCAUUUCCAUCAGUAAACAUGCCUGGAUGCACCUGUGUGACUUUGCAGAGCCCUUCAAGUCAUCGUUCGUCAAUGCUUCCUUUGAUGGCUUCUCUUUGUUUGCCGUACAGUAAAGGACACACUUUCCAGGUGUGAGAAAGAUGGAAAGACCCUCUCUGCAGUGGGCGUGCAUUUUUUGACCCCUCAAAGGAACUUUUCUAGGAAUACACAGGGAGGUCAAAAAAUGUGGUUCAAGAAAUCACAGUGUCCUUUUCCAGACACAUGUGGAGAUAAUGCUCCCAGAUGCAGAAGGGGGGUGAUAAUGGUAGAUGACACCCUCAUGGCAGAGGUGGCACACAAAACCGAGGGUCUGGGGAUUCCUUUUCUGAUAGGUCCUUUCAUCCCUCCUGAAUGGUGACCAGAUUGCCCUCUUCUGGAGGCAGUUGGGGGUCGCUUAUGUCUGCACUGAACAGCCUGACUAGAGAUAACGAGAGACAGUUGGGUGCAGAGAAUUAUUUCCAGGGAUUAUAUAAUUCCCUUAUCCCUUCCUCCUCCUUUGUCGAGAAAAUUUCCCGAUGUCCUACCCAAUCAGAAGGCACAACAGAACUAGAAAUUCAAAAGCUGCUAGAUAAGAGUCAUCCAAGAGGUCCUACCAGACCAAAUAGAAUCUGCACUUACUCAAGAUUUUUUAGUGCCAAAGAAAACAGGAGACUGGAGACCAGUUUUGGAUCUCAGCAUACUGAACAAAUCGGUUUGACACACAAAGUUCUGGAUGGUCAUGGUUCAGUCCAUUCUCCCUUUUCUAAGCAAGGAUGACCGGAUGUGCUAGAUAGACCUUCAGGAUGCAUACUACCACAUAAAGAUGAGCAGAUGAUCCAGAAGGUAUUUACAUUUCCUGCUUGGAGCCAGUCACUAACAGCUCAGAGCACUGCCCUUUGGUUUCACCACAGCCCCCAGAGUGUUUACCAAGUGCAUCGCAGUGGUAGCAGCUCACUUGAGACUGCAAGGAUUCUGGGUAUUUCCAUAUUUAGAUGACUGGCUCAUCACUGUCCCAACCAAGCAUUAACUGAUAGAAGCACAGGAUCAGGUGAUACAAACUUGUUCACUUCUUGGAAUUACCAUAAAUUACAAGACUCGCAUACAACUGACUCAGACAUUGGAAUUCAUAGGGGCAGUGGUCAACACACAAUCUGUGGUAGCUUCUCUUCCACUUUCAAGAGUGCAAACAAUAAGGAUGCAGGUCAAGACGAUAAUGCAGUACCAGGAAUUUCAACUCAGCUGGUUCUCCAAGACCUGGGGUCCAUGUCAGGAGCAAUAACUUUACUCCCGUUAGCAAGAUACCACAUGAGAAUUCUACAAUGGAUGCUAGCAACACAGUGAGUCAGUGCUUUCUCAACCCAUGUCAGCGAAGAUAAGAAUUACCCAGGCAUACCCAAGUAUGCAAACAGUACCUUUCCUGGUAGAUACAGUCACAGCAGCUGUUAGAAGGUUGUCCUUUCAUCCUCCCUCAGCCCAAGGCCAUACUGACCAUGGAUGCUCCCCAGAUUGGGGGGGGGGGACUUCCUGAGGAAAACGGUCCAAGGCACUUGGUCCCCUGCAGAGGCCAACCUAGAUAUCAGUGUUCUGGAGAUGAUAGCAGUGCCCUUAGCAUUGCAGGCAUUCCAGGACUCUCUUUCUCUUGGAACAAUUGCAGUAAAGACAGAUAACGUGUCAGUAGUCUGGUACAUCAUCAAGCAAGAGGGAGCCAGAUCCUGUCUUCUGUAUCGAGAAGCCCUGUGAGUGUGGCAAUGGGAGUUAUCUUCCAGUUGCUGUCUAAUAGCAAUGCACAUUCCAAGGAAGUCCAAACAAGCUAUGCAGGGCCAUCUUGCUGCCUCACAAGUGGUCUCUCAAUAACAAGGUGACAGAAAUUAUUUUCAAUCGGUGGGGCCAGCCUUGCUGCAGUCAUUUUGCAUCUCCCCUAAGCAACAAGUGCAGCAGCUUCUUUGCCCUGAUUCCUGCACUGGGGGAAAUUACUGAGGGAUGCUGUACUCCACAGUUGGCCCUCUGGCCUUCUAUACCCUUAUCCCCCAACUCUACUAGUUCCCAAAUUCCUUCAAAAAACAGCCCAGUUGAAGAGCAAAGUCAUUCUCAUUGCAUCCUACUGGCCUUGACAGAUUUGGUUUCCCUUCCUUUGGCCUCAUCUACUAAAACCACCUUGGAUUUUGGAUCCAAUCCCAAACCUUCUGUCUCACCCAACAGGCAUGCUUCACCCUGACAUCUCAAACUAACAGCAUGGCUUUUCCAGUUCAUUUAAUAGCCAGGCAACCAUUGCUUUCUUCUCCUCUCUAUUCCAUACUUUUAUUUUCCCAUAAACAUUCCACUAGGAAACUCUACAGAAGUAAAUGGAGAAGGUCUGUUUAUUGGGCAGAGCAAAAUCAGAGAGACCCCUUCUCAGCUCCAAAUCAUUCUGUUCUUGAAAUUUUAGUGAGUUUGUUUAAUGAGCGGGCUAGUUCAUCAACUAUUAAAGUUCAACUCGCAGCAAUAUCUAACUUCCAUGAAGGAUUUCAAAAUUCUUCCCUGGCAUCCACUAAACUGUGUAAAGCUUUUUUAAAAGGUACCCUUUUG